UUGCGGUUGCGCUUGCGCGGCAGGAUAGGAAGGCCCGGGCCCAGUCGCCACCUCCGCCUCCGUCCGGUCGCCGCUGCAUUUUCCGCCACCACCGCCGCCGCCGCCGCCUCUCCUCUGCCACCGAAGCCGUAGGAGCUCGCCCUCGCGUUCUGCCGCGCCGCAACUUCACCAUCCUUGUCUUGCUCAAAACCUCUGCAAGGUUAAAACAGCAAGAGGGGAUUACUGAUGGCAGCCAUCCUGCCAAGAACCGCGCUGCUGCUGCGGACGCCGCGCGGCGCCGGCCGGCUCGCGCGGUUCCUUGGGGCCGGCGUGCCCGCCGCUUCAUCUGAUGCUGGGACGGCGGCCUCGACGGCGGCGGAGUUCUUGCCGUGGCGUAAUGGCGGGGGCGUCCUGCACCGGGCGGUGUCCGUCGACCCCUCCGCGGUGGUGGAGGCCGGCGCCAUCGUGCACUCCGGCGCUGUGAUUGGCAAGGAGGUUAUCGUCGGGUCCGGGACUGUGGUCGGGCCUUCGGUGUCCGUGGGGCAGUCCACCAGGAUCGGGUACAAUGUUGUCUUGAGCAACUGCUCGGUGGGCGAGUUCUGCACUAUCCACAAUGGCGCCUGCAUCGGCCAAGAUGGUUUUGGUUUCUUUGUGGACCAGGAUGGACAGGUCAAGAAGAAACCACAGGAGCUUUAUGCAAGAAUUGGAGACAAUGUGGAAAUUGGUGCAAAUACAUGCAUUGACAGAGGCAGUUGGAGAGACACAAUGAUUGGAGAUGACACCAAGAUUGAUAAUCUGGUUCAGAUAGGUCACAAUGUGGUGAUUGGAAAGUGCUGCAUGAUUUGUGGACAAGUAGGGAUCGCAGGUUCUGCAACGUUGGGUGACUACGUAGUAUUAGGUGGUAGGGUGGCCAUCCGGGAUCAUGUCUCCAUUGCUUCAAAGGUUAGACUUGCUGGAAAUAGUUUAGCGACAAAGGACAUUCAGGAGCCCGGUGACUAUGGCGGAUUUCCAGCUAAAUGUAGGGAAAGGCUGCGUACUAUCGAUCCAAAGUGGUCGGACCCUUCCCCGGACCCUGCGCAAGCGGGAGCUACGUGCAUCGGGCUGCCCCACAGAAGUUCUUCAUCUGUCCAAAACUUUACCAAGCAAUAUACAGUGUAUAUAUGGUGCAGGGUCCAUGCAGAUUGAGACUAUCAGUUUCACAACAACAACAACAAAAAUAAGUGGAUUCUCCAACAUCCACUCACAAUCAGAUCCUUAUUUUCUGCUGUUCAUCCAUCUGUUUUCGCACCAACAGAUUUAGCUUUCAUUCAUUUGCUCAUGACGGUGUAAUCACUAGCUAAUUUCUUCAGGGGCGCAUUCUGUCAGCACUAAUCUAUUGUUAUAUCCGAUCGCAUUCCUACAGAAAAAUAAACAUAUUAGUUGU